AUGGCAGCCGAGCGGGGGGCCGUGGCAGCUCUCAUGGAGGUGAUGGAGGUGGGAGGCACCGCCGAGCCUGAUGUCCUGGACGUGGACCAGGGCCUGACUCUGGCCUGUAUCGGCUUCCUCUGCCUCCUGCUGGUGGCCAUGAUUGUCCGCUGUGCUAAAGUCAUCGUGGACCCCUACAGCGCCAUCCCCACCUCCACCUGGGAGGAGCAGCACCUGGACGACUGA